AUGGCUCAGCUGCACUGUUCAGCGCAUCCUGAUUCGUCUCUAAUCGAGGAUUACCAUGCCGGGGAUAUGAUCUGUUCCGAAUGUGGUCUGGUAGUAGGUGAUCGAGUCAUUGAUGUUGGCUCUGAAUGGCGAACCUUCAACAAUGACAAAAACACCAAAGAUGUCUCUCGAGUGGGUGCCGCCGAGAACACACUACUGGGCGGAAGCGACCUCUCAACAAUGAUAGCCAGCACGUCCAGCGGCGAAACACUACUGGACGAUAACGGUAAGCCUAUGUAUCACAGCAGGAGGAACUUAAGUGUAUCAGAUCGAACCUUGCUAACGGCCUUUCGGGAAAUCGGUCAGAUGGCCGAAAGACUUAACCUACCCAAAAUGAUUGCUGAUCAAGGUAACAUUCUAUUUAAACAAGUCCAUGAGAGCAAAUCGCUCAAGGGACGAGCGAACGAUGCCAUUGCUUCGGCUUCUAUGUACAUCGCUUGUCGUCAGGAAGGAGUACCAAGGACAUUCAAAGAGAUAUGCGCGGUUUCUAAGGUGUCUAAGAAAGAAAUUGGACGAACUUUUAAGUUGAUUCUCAAGACUCUAGAAACGAAGGUGGAGCUGAUCACUACAGGCGAUUUCAUGUCUCGCUUUUGUUCCAACCUUAGCCUGUCCAAUGCUGUUCAAAAGGCCGCAACGCACAUUGCUAAUAAGGCAGUGGAUAAGGACUUGGUUCCUGGUCGAAGCCCGGUCACAGUGGCUGCAGCUGCCAUCUACAUGGCAUCACAGGCUUCAGACAACAAGAAAACCCAGAGGGAAAUUAGUGAGGUAACCGGGGUGGCCGAAGUUACUAUACGUCAAUCUUACAAGCUUAUGUAUCCCCGAGCCCAGGAGCUUUUCCCUGAAGAAUUUAAAUUCGAUACCCCUAUUGACCAGCUCCCUACCCAAUAA